CAGCAUGACUGACACACUGGCACGACCCCAGUGGCUCUGAGACAACUAGUGUGUUUUUUUACGCUGUCUUUGUCAUUGACACGGGAUGGGUCGUCUCGACUUGAUUUGUGCAUUUCCGUGGGUUUCUUCGACGUGACACCGGACUCCGUCUGUGCGUGCGCUCCGUGUGCGCCAGGACGUUGCUGCUGCUGCUGCUGUGCGGUUCGGGUGUGAACCGGAGCUGGACUGGUGAGGAAGCCGCCGCAGCAGCCCCAAAACACACUUAAGCGAAGGGGCGACAGAUUGUUUUAGUGAGGAGGAAAUCCCCGCGAGGACCCCCGACGCUCUUCGUUACGCCAUGGAUGACUCGGGGAUAAUACGGCGCCGGAGGCUGCAGAAGGAUUUGCCACUGCCUCGCAAGAACAGCAGUUGUCGCACAAGCAACAGGAAGAGUCUGAUCCUGACCACGACGUCACCCACGCUGCCUCGGCCACACUCUCCACUUCCCCUCCCUGGACACCUGGGAAGCAGCCCCCUGGACAGCCCACGAAACUUCUCCCCCAGUAACCCGGCACACUUCUCCUUUGCCUCGUCCAGAAGAGCGGACGGACGACGAUGGUCAUUAGCGUCUUUACCCUCCUCUGGAUAUGGCACCAACACUCCCAGCUCCACGUCCUCCAGUUCCUCUCAGGAGCGCUUGCACCAGCUGCCUUUCCAGCCCACAAUGGAUGAGCUCCAUUUCUUAUCCAAGCAUUUUGGCAGCACUGAGAGCAUCACAGAUGACGAUGGCGGCCGCUGCUCCCCCCAUAUGCGCCCACGGUCCCGUAGUCUCAGCCCAGGACGAUCCUCCUCCUGCUACGAUAAUGAGAUAGUCAUGAUGAACCAUGUGUACAAAGAGCGCUUUCCAAAGGCCACAACGCAGAUGGAGGGGCGGCUGGCAGAGUUCAUCCAGGCUUACUCUCCUGAAAACGUUCUUCCACUGGCUGACGGAGUUCUCAGCUUCAUCCACCACCAGAUAAUUGAGCUGUCCCGAGACUGCCUGGCCAAAGCCCGAGAAGGGCUCAUAACCUCAGUCUAUUUCUUUGAGCUGCAGGAGAAUCUAGAAAAAUUGAUUCAGGAUGCUUUUGAGCGUUCUGAGAGCUCUGAGGUGGCCUUCGUCACAGAAUUGGUGAAGAAGCUGCUCAUCCUCAUCUCCCGACCAGCUCGGCUUUUGGAGUGUCUGGAGUUUAACCCUGAGGAAUUCUACCAUCUGCUCGAGGCAGCAGAGGAUCAUGCCAAGGAGGGGCAUUUGAUGAAAACAGACAUUCCUCGGUACAUCAUCAACCAGCUGGGACUGACCCGAGACCCCAUCGAAGAGAUGGUUAAUUUGGACAGUUACGACAGCGAGGGCCCGCUGACACCUGAAACAGAUGACUCCACCGAGGGAAAAAUUAAAGCGAUGAAAACCCCUGGAGAAGCAGAUUUCCAGACCAUCAAGCUGAUCAGUAAUGGAGCAUACGGGGCUGUGUAUCUGGUGCGUCAUCUGGAGACACGACAGCGCUUCGCCAUGAAGAAGAUUAACAAGCAAAACCUGAUCCUGAGGAACCAAAUCCAGCAAGCUUUUGUGGAAAGAGACAUCCUUACCUUUGCUGAGAAUCCCUUUGUUGUCUCCAUGUUCUGCUCCUUUGAGACACGUCGACACCUGUGCAUGGUCAUGGAGUACGUAGAAGGUGGGGACUGUGCCACUCUGUUGAAGAACAUCGGAGCUCUGCCCGUGGAGAUGGCACGUAUGUACUUCGCAGAGACCGUCCUGGCAUUGGAGUACCUUCACAACUACGGCAUUGUACACCGCGACCUCAAACCUGACAACCUCCUGAUCACCUCGAUGGGCCACAUCAAGCUGACAGAUUUUGGUCUGUCAAAGAUGGGUCUGAUGAGUUUGACCACCAACUUAUAUGAAGGACACAUAGAGAAAGACACCCGGGAGUUUUUGGAUAAACAGGUUUGUGGAACUCCAGAGUACAUCGCCCCAGAGGUGAUUCUUCGUCAGGGUUAUGGAAAGCCAGUGGACUGGUGGGCGAUGGGCAUCAUCCUGUACGAGUUCCUGGUGGGCUGUGUUCCGUUCUUUGGAGAUACUCCGGAGGAACUGUUUGGACAGGUCAUCACAGAUGACAUCGUGUGGCCAGAAGGUGAUGAAGCUCUCCCUGUUGAUGCCCAGCACCUGAUCUCCUCACUCCUGCAGACCAACCCACUGGUUCGACUGGGCACAGGCGGUGCUUUUGAAGUGAAGCAGCACUCAUUCUUCACAGAGGUGGACUGGAACAGCCUGCUACGACAGAAGGCAGAGUUCGUCCCUCACCUCGAGUCAGAGGAAGACACCAGUUACUUUGACACCCGCUCUGAGCGCUACCAUCACGUGCAUUCAUACGACGAAGAUGAUACCAAUGACGAUGAGCCUGUGGAGAUACAUCGCUUUUCUUCCUGCUCCCCUCGCUUCAGCAAGGUUUACAGCAGCAUGGAGCAUCUGUCCCAGCUGGAGCAUAAACCCCAUGGUGUGACCCUGAGAGAGCACAAGGUCCCCAGAGAGGAUCGAAUAGCCAAGAGAGAGAGCCUGGGCAGCCUGACUCUCCGGGACAAGAGCUGGAGGACCGGAUCACCUGAGCUGAAGCGCUUGUCCUGCUCCGAGUCCUCCUUCACUGAGAGCGAGUCCAGCCCACCAUCAGGGGCCCGCAGACGCUUCUCAGCCCUGAUGGACACGCACCGCUUGGCUUCCCCUCUGGAGGUGGACUCUGAGCUGGCUGUCACCGGCAGACAACCUGCGGUGAAGGUCAGAGGGACGUCUCUGGAAGGAGCAAUGGGUGCCAUAUCCACUCAAGGCGAUCUGAGAUCAUUCCUCAAAGACAGCAGUGGCUUCACAGCUGGAGAGAAGCUUCUGAGACCUGCUGAUGCCUCGUUGCCUCUACCAGCCAGUGCCACUGUACUCGGUCUUCCGGACCCACAGGGACCCCGCGGGGCCACCACUGACCUGGUUCUGCGGAGAGUUCGCCACCAGCAGCUGUCUGCUGAGGGAGAGAAACGUAAUUCACGACCAGGAUCCAAAGUUAUCAAAUCAGCCUCUGCCACCGCUCUGUCUGUCAUCAUUCCUGCGGUGGAGCAACAUGGAGCAUCACCUCUUGCCAGCCCCAUGUCUCCUCGCUCCCUCUCGUCUAACCCAUCCUCUCGAGACUCCUCCCCCAGUCGAGACUAUUCUCCCAUGGUCAACAUCCUGCAUUCUCCAAUUACCAUCUAUCGCUCCGGGAAGAAGUAUGGCUUCACUUUGAGGGCGAUCCGAGUUUAUAUGGGAGACAGUGAUGUCUACAGUGUACAUCACAUGGUCUGGCAUGUGGAGGAUGGAGGCCCCGCCCAGGACGCUGGACUUAGUGCAGGUGACCUCAUCACUCAUGUGAAUGGCGAGUCGGUCCACGGGCUGGUCCACACAGAAGUGGUGGAGCUCAUCCUGAAGAGUGGAAACAAGGUGACAGUUACAACGACUCCCUUUGAGAACACCUCUAUAAAAGUGGGUCCGGCCCGCAAGUCAAGCUAUAAAUCCAAGAUGGCUCGACGUAGCAAGAGGACUGGAGCCAAGGAGGGACAAGAUAAAAAACGCAGCUCCUUAUUCAGAAAAAUCACUAAGCAGUCCAACCUGCUCCACACCAGCCGGAGUCUCUCCUCUUUAAAUCGCUCUUUAUCAUCUGGGGACAGUCUCCCAGGAUCCCCCACCCACAGCCUGACGGCCCGCUCGCCUACUCAGAGUUACCGCUCCACCAUUGAAUCACCUUACCUCGGUACCUCUUCCCAGAGUAGUUCCCCAGCCUCCAGUACCCCAAACUCCCCAGCAGCUUCUCACCACAUGAGGCCCAGCUCCCUGCAUGGUCUGUCUCCUAAACUUCACCGUCAGUAUCGCUCUGCGCGCUGCAAAUCUGCCGGCAACAUCCCUUUGUCCCCUUUAGCUCACACCCCCUCCCCGACCACCUCUUCCCCUCCCCCUCUGACGGGACACACAGUUGGGAGCUCCAACACCACACAGAUGUUCCCUGUCAAGCUGCACUCUUCACCUCCCGUCGCCCGCCCUCGUCCCAAGAGCGCUGAGCCACCCAGGUCCCCCCUGCUGCAACGGGUUCAAUCUGCGGAGAAGCUAGGAGCACCGAUUCUGCCGUCGUCUUCCUCAUCGUCAUCUUCGCCUUCUCCUCUGACCGGUGGGGUGUCAUUACGCAAACAUAGUCUGGAGGUCACACUUGGAGACUACAGGAGAGAGUCUUUCCACUGUGAGCACAGCUUGCAGAGUCUUCUGGAGAUGGAGGGUGAGAAUGGACCAGCUCCACCCUCCCCUUCAUCCUCCUCCUCCCCUUCUCCACCCAUGGGAGGAGAGAUUGCAGGCCUAAAGCCAGCAAGGAGGCUAGGAAGGCAGGAGUCCCCGCUCAGCCGUGACACACUGCUUACAUCAAGAGAGAAAGAUACUCAAACUACAGCGGCUGAGCUCAGUGGGUCACCACCAGGAAGCACAGCUACUAAAGCUGAGUCCAAGUCAGACACAAGUAAAACAACAUCCACUGUGGAGGGGCAGAAAGGAAGCAUAAGUGCAGCUGCAAUGGAAACCAAAUCCAGUCCAAUACCCCCUUCUGUUGCUGCGGAGACCAAGCUGAGUGCUGGGAAUAAAGCCCCAGUUGUGAGUACUUCAGGUUCUGAGGCAGCGCUCUCCAAGACUAAAGAGAAAAGCUCAACUCCAGGUGCAUCAAAGGUACCACAAGAGAGUAAGCAGCAGAGUACGCAGACAGAAAGUGCCCCAGUAGCUAAAGCUCCAGACAAAACUGAGGAGAAAAUCAAAGGAGCAGACAAAGGUACCACACAGAAAACAUCCUCCACAGAAACAUCCAAGCCACGUAAAGGCACAGAGGCAGCAGAGAAAGCAAGCAGCAGUGAUAAGGCAACUGAGAUGACCAAGACGAAAGGGCCAGCACCCCCAGUGCCAACCCAAGUUCAAGCCACAACUCAUGCGCCCGCUGCUACCAGAUCCAAAGCAGAGAAGGUGCCAGGCCAGUUGAACAGCGGCCGCACCACUAAGGACAACAAGGCUCACCUCGAGGUACUGGAAGAAAAUCCUGCAUCACCUUCCCACCCCCUUCCACUCACGUCUAACGCAGCCUCUCCUUGCUCAAGCAAGUCACGCCCUAUGUCUCCAGGGGACAAGGCUAGCUUCGUCACACAGCUCACAAGUGUGGCCAAAACAGUGCUUGGGCCCAUGAAAGGGGGGUCACAGGAGGGGGUCAAAGUAAAAGACAUGGGCAAGACGAGUGACGAGAAGAGGGGGAACACAAUGGGAAAAUCUGAGACUUCAUCAGGGGGCGGGCGCCGAGGGAAUCAGAUGGCAACCUCAGCCAGCGGGACAGUCCAAUCUGAUAAGACAAACAGUCGAAGCUCCAAACAUCACUAGUGAUAAAGACGUUCCAGAAAAGAUCUCCCAUGUAAUGCCUUUUACUGUAGCAUCAUACCAACAUAUCAUGAUCUAACAUGACUGUACACCUUUGAAUGAAGGGGAGACAUAAAUGCCUGAAACACCAAAUAGAUGACAUGUGACAUGUAAACAAAUAAGAUGUGAACAAGAUGCAUUAGCUAAUGUGUGCACAUGGUAUCAUAAUGUAGGCCCGUGUAUGUACUGAUCAUCACAAUGUGUUUUAUAUCAUACAAAAAAGCGUAUGUCUUAAUGCAUGUUUGACACUGUACAUGGAAACUGAAAGAAUAUGUAAAGAGAAGAUAAAAAAAAAAAAAAAUCUGGAAGACCUUAAGGUAGUGAACACUGUGAACAACUUUUCAACUGACCACAACAGUAAACAGACUCUAUUACAAAUGGGCAUUAUACAGUCAAGUCAGUCACUGUUUUGGAUCCAGUGCCAUGCUUUACGUGAGUUUGAACUAAAAAGUACAUUACAUGCAUCUUCUCAAAGUUCAGUUACCAAAAGACAUCAGGCACAGAGAGAUUUGUCAUGUGUCGUGCAGUAAAGAAUAAGACAACCUACUAAAAACCUACUGGACCAGGAUACCAAAACAUUUGCUGUGAUGGAGAUAGAGGUUUGUUUCAGAUGUGUUUAAGGGCUGAAUUUCAGAAGAGUUGAUGUAAGAUGAGAUGAACUUGCACAGGGGCACUAUGCAAUGUGCUAAUGAGGCCACUUUUGGUGUCCCCAGUUUCUAAGUUUACAUUGUGCUCCAGACGAAAAGAGAAAACGAGGAAAAGGUUGCAAUAAACCACGCAAACACGGUUUUAAUGUAUCAGCUGAUCAUGAUGAAAUGUGCAAUUUUAUCUUUAUUUAGUCUAUUAGGUAAAUACACUGGUGUGGGUGACAUGAUGAACAGGCUUUUUUUUUGUUUAUCUUCAGUCUGGGACGUGCACAAAGAACCAUAAAGAAACUAGCACUUAUAGGAGAGUAGGCUAGAAAUGCUCUGUCACUCAUUUUUUCUAUUUAUGCAGAUCUUUAUUGUAUAAUGCUACAUGUAAAGGAAAGUGCCAGUGUUUUUAUUUAGGGAUAUUGUGUUUUUUUGGUUACACUUAACUGUAUAAUAAUAUGCAAUCCAACAGUGCCCAGUUCCAUAAAGCUGAGCACCCUUGUCAGUGAUCGAGUAGUAGACUAUACACAACGUCUGGGUUAGACUUGUUGAGAGCGUUUUAGUGGUGAGGUUGGUGUUUGUUCUUGUGUAAUACAGUAAAAUUAAACUUGAUAGUUUCAGGACAGCAGGCUCAGAUCUGUCUUAGACUGCCACCUUGUGGAUGAUAUCAUGUGAGACCAAAAGAAAGAAAGACAGAUUACAUGAAGUGAGAAGUCUAGGGUCUUCUGCCUGUGGAUCUUUCAGUUUCAUAACUUGUACUUCUGAUGCAUUUGUCUUUUUUUGAUGAACACAUUUAAGUCACUGUUAGCAUUCAGAUGAGUCUGAGCCUCUUUAUUAUUCAUUGUGUAUCCAAUGUAGUGGUUUAAAGAGAUUUUAACCCAACAUUUGGACACCAUUUUUUUUUGUUAUGUGAGAAAAUUGCACUUUAUUUUGUGUCAAACAUUACUAUUAAUUGUCUUAAAUGGUUAUUAUUUUUUAUUUGCUCUAUUUAUUAAGCUUUUUUUUAUUUAUUUAUUUGCACUGGUCAUAACUUUGAGAGUUGUUUACUUUUUAAUUUCAUAGUUUAAAAUGUAUGAAUUUUACAUCUAGAAAAAGAAAUCUACCAAAUUUGUGUGGCUAACCCAUUUUGUGCAGUUUUGACUUUAUCAUUCCAUCAGUCUGAGGUUGUAAUAUUUCUGUCACGUCCAUCUUUGUCCAGGUGUUUGACUUUUGUACAUCAACAACCAUCUCUGACUGUUGUCAUCCAUUAUACUGACAAACAGUUGGGUGACAGAUUAAAGAAAAAAGUAAUGUAAAGUGUCUAAUUGGUCUUUCUAACACAUUGGUCCAAAAUUUCCUCAAGGCCUUCAACUGGAUUGAGAUCUGUUGACUGUGACAUCCAUACCAAAUGAGUGAUAUUGUUUCCAUACUCAUCAUCAGUGAACUCACGUGUCCUAUAUGACCACUCUUGGGUUUUCCUUUAAUGUGUCACCCAUCUGUAUUUACUAGCCACUAUUGUGAAAAACCAAUGCAAAAAAGCCUAUAGUGCAGAGAUGUAAUAAAAUGCAGAAAAGAAA